UGGGCGGAGUUCGGCCCGGAAUAGAAGCAGCCUCCCCUAUUAUCCCGCACCCUGGCCCUCAGGAUUUGAGUUUGAGAGGCAGGGGCGGCUCAAAGGGCGAGAGUCCUCGGCCAGACCUCGGCGGGCGAGCGUUCAAGGCCGUCCUGCAGCUGGGAGGAGGCAAGUUGGGGGCGGGGCUCAGGUGGCCGAAGCCGGUCGUGGAGCAUCUCUGCCAGAGUAUUGGUAUCUUAGGAGUCUGUGGAGGUGUCCAGUGAUAUAUCCUGAGAGAAGAUGGGAAAGGGCUGCAAGGUUGUGGUCUGUGGCUUGUUAUCUGUGGGGAAAACAGCAAUUUUGGAGCAGCUUCUUUAUGGGAAUCAUACUAUUGGAAUGGAAGAUUGUGAAACAAUGGAAGAUGUAUAUAUGGCUUCAGUGGAAACAGAUCGGGGAAUAAAGGAACAGUUACAUCUUUAUGACACCAGAGGCUUACAGGAAGGCGUGGAGCUACCAAAGCAUUAUUUUUCAUUUGCUGAUGGCUUUGUUCUUGUGUACAGUGUGAAUAACCUUGAAUCCUUUCAAAGAGUAGAGCUUCUGAAGAAAGAGAUUGAUAAGUUCAAAGACAAAAAGGAGGUAGCAAUUGUCGUAUUAGGAAACAAAAUUGACCUUUCUGAGCAGAGACAAGUGGAUGCCGAGGUGGCACAGCAAUGGGCAAGAAGUGAGAAAGUACGCCUGUGGGAGGUAACGGUUACAGAUCGGAGAACUCUGAUUGAGCCUUUCACUCUCUUAGCCAGCAAACUUUCCCAGCCCCAGAGCAAAUCAAGCUUUCCUUUGCCUGGGAGGAAAAACAAAGGGAACUCUAGCUCCGAGAACUAAAAAUCAGUAAUGCUACAACUGUCUGUUGAAUAGUGAUUGCCUUUAGGUGUCCAUGAACAUAUUUAAAACAAGCCAUUUGCAUCUACCUUUGGUCCUUAGGAAACCUUUAAGGAAGUCAUGUACUUUAGGUCAUAAAUUAUUUGGGCUAAGUUUAUUGCCUGAUAUGAAGUAAUAUAUUUGCAUUGUCAUUGUUUGAAACUUGUCACCUAAUUUUUGUUGCACUUGUCCAAAGAGUAAAAUAAAGUUUGGGUAGUAUGUAGGUAUGUCUGUAAGACCAGUAGCUCCACAACCCCCAACUUGUUUCAGAAGCCAUUUUUCUGUGUAACUUUAUGCAAACUUCUCUGCUCAAAUAUACCUUUGUUUUUAAGAAGUUCAUUAAUCAUCUAAUGUCUAGAAUUAUAAAAUGACAUUUUUAGAUCACAAACGGUAAACAAUUUAGGUGUUAAAUUUUAUCUCAUGGAGACCUUGCUAAAUAGAACAAAACCUAUGAUUUAACUUUGUUCAAAUUAUAUGUUUAGCAUGACUUGAGGUAGUAGAUGGUGUAAAUACGUUCAAAGCAUUUGCUCUUUAGAAAACCACUAAGCAUUGAAGGACACUAAAGCUUCCAUUCCCACAAGUAUUACUAUACCUCUUCAACAGUUUUCUGGAUACAUAGUCAUGUGGAAUAAAAUGUAUCAUAAAAAUACUGGACUUCAGGUUAGAUACUGGAGUUUGUACUAUGGUAUUCUUUGAAGAUUUUGGCAAUAUCCGGGCAGUGGGACUAACUGUAUUUCACAAGUUGACGAUACUGUAACUAAUUUUAGAAGUAGGAAGCAAGCUGCUUAGGAUUUCAACUGACAAAGCAGCUUUUUUUUUUUUUUAGAAGUAGGGGCAGGGAGCAGAGGGAAAGUGAAAGAAAGAAUCUUAAGCAGGUUCCGUGCUGGAUCUCACAACCCUGUGAUCAUGACCUGAGCCACAAUCAAGAAUUGGAUGCUUAACCACCUGAGCUACCCAGGCACCCCUCAGCUAUUUGAUCUAUAUGUAAAAUAUGAAAUAAGCUGUUCAGCAAAGACAUGUUAAAAAAAUCUAGUACACUUUUUUUUUAAGUAAACUCUACCCAUGGAGCUCAAAGUCAGGACCCCAAGAUUAAGAGUCUCUACCAACAUUUCUUAAGUGGAGUAUUUUCAAGGCUAGGUUCAGUGACUUUAAAGUUAAUUGGUUCAUUUCUGUGAGAGUUCAAACGAAGAACUGCAUAAAAUACAAAACUUGUAAAUCAGCUAGUAUUGCUUCCAUUUAACUGGCUAAAAUUCCUCAUCACAAAUACAUUUUUUUUGCCAAAAAACCAUUCAGAUAAUGGUUAAGUCAUUCCCUGAGGUUGAUCUGGGUUUCUUUUAAUUAUUUUUACAGAGAUGAAUACUUUUACAGUGAUUUAAAAAAGUUUCUCUGGAGUAGAUGCAAAGAAACAGAACUGCUGGAUAUAUGUAAACUUAGGUACUGCCAAAUUGCCCUCUCAGGGAGAUGUAUUAAUAUAGUCAUGAGAAUCCAUCUCUAACCUUUUCUAAGACACCUCAAAC